AUGGCGAACCCCCUACCUUCCAUGCCCGCCGUCCGCCCGGUCGAGGUACCCAUCAGCGCUCCCUCCAGCACCUGGGAUCGCAUAACCUCAUGGGCUUCGGAGAACAAGGCUGUCGUCUAUACCAUUGCCGGUGUCGCGGUCGUCAUCACUGGCGCCGGUGCCGUAUACUAUCUCAACUCGGACUCCAAGCCGAAGAACGAUGGAGCCCCUAAACUCAGCAAAAAGGAACGUCGCAAGCGCAAGGAAGCUGAGCGCAAAGCUGCCGACAACAAGUCCGCCACCCCGACGUCCCAGCCCAAGGCCGCUUCUGUCCAGGCCGAGGAUGAGCUUCCCGAAGUCGACGCGGCCAUUGUUCAGACCCUUACUCAAGAUCAGCGCGAAGACUACGCUGCCCAGCUCAAGCAGGCCGGCAACAGAGCCUACGGCGACAAGGCCUACAAUAAGGCCAUCGACCUAUACACCAAGGCCAUCCUCUGCAAGCCCGACCCCGUCUUCUACUCCAACCGUGCUGCCUGCCACAGCGCCAUGAGCGAAUGGGAUACCGUGAUUGACGACACUACCGCCGCCAUCACCAUGGACCCCGACUACGUCAAGGCCAUCAACCGCCGCGCUACCGCCUACGAGCACAAGAAGAUGUACUCCGAGGCCCUCCUCGACUUUACCGCCUCGUGCAUCAUCGACAACUUCAAGAGCGAUUCUACUGCUCAAGCUGUUGAGCGCCUGCUCAAGACCUUUGCCGAGGUCAAGGCCAAGGAGAUGAUGGCUACUCGCACUGCUAAGCUGCCCAGCCCCAUCUUUGUCGGCAACUAUCUCCAGAGCUUCCGCCCCAAGCCCCGACCCGCCGGUCUUGAGGACUCUGCUGAGCUGUCCCCUGACACUGGUCUCGGCCAGCUGCAGCACGGUCUCCAGGGUCUCGAGAAGCGCACUUCGGAAGGAUACGAGCAGGGCCGUCAAGCAUUUGAGAAGGCAAUUGAGCUUGGUGAGCUCGGCGACAACGAGGCCCUCGCCUACAACUGCCGUGGUACCAUGCGUACUCUGCUUGGAAACCACGCCGCUGCUACCGAAGAUUUCAACAAGAGCAUUGAGCUCGACCCUGAGAUGACCCAGAGCUACAUCAAGCGCGCCAGCAUCAGCCUCGAGCUCGGAGAGCCCGCUCAGGCAGACCAGGAAUUUGCUGAGGCCCUUAAGCACGACCCCAACGACCCCGAUGUCUAUUACCACCGCGCCCAGGCGCACUUCAUCAAAGGCGACCUCUCGGAAGCCCAGAAGGAUUACCAGAAGUCGAUUGACCUGGACAAGGACUUUAUCUUCUCCCACAUUCAGCUUGGUGUAACGCAGUACAAGAUGGGCUCCAUUGCCUCCUCAAUGGCUACGUUCCGUCGUUGCAUCAAGAACUUCCCCAAGGUUCCCGAUGUGUACAAUUACUACGGUGAGCUGCUGCUCGACCAGGGCAACUUUGCCGAAGCCGUGGAGAAAUUUGACACUGCUGUGGAGAUGGAGAAGCAGACCAAGCCCAUGUCGAUGAACGUGCUGCCGCUGAUCAACAAGGCGCUUGCUCUAUUUCAAUGGAAGCAGGACUUUAAGGAGGCCGAGAACCUGUGCGAGAAGGCUCUCAUCAUUGACCCCGAGUGCGAUAUUGCCGUGGCCACCAUGGCCCAGCUGCUUCUGCAGCAGAACCAGGUUGCCAAGGCGCUCAACUACUUUGAGCGCGCCGCCGAACUUGCCCGCACCGAGGGAGAGAUUGUCAACGCUCUUUCCUACGCCGAGGCCACGAGAACACAAGUCAAGGUCACCGAGAAGUACCCGCAGCUGGCAGCAAAGCUCGCUGCUUCGGGAGCUGGUGGCGCUGGCGGCCUCCGCAUGGGCGCUUAA